AUAUAAACCACAUAUAUUGCAACGUAGGUUAAGCUAAUUCAACAUCAUCAAAAAACACCCUCCUCUAGUUCUUUAUCUCUUCCUCACCCUCAUCGAAAUUCUCCAACUUCAAUCAUGGAGGUCAUGGAAGGUGACAACAACAUGAGAACUUUCGACAUGGGUGCACUUAGGUCAAGUCUUCCCCAGAUCCGGAGAGGGUUGUCAAGGUACUACUCUGGAAAAGCACGAUCAUUUACGUGCAUCGCCGAUGUCCGAUGCCUAGAAGAUCUCAAGAAACCGGAACAUCCCGACGUGAAAAAGAGGAAGAAACAUACGGAGAAGAAGAACUAUCCUGUUCCAGCUCCCUUUCCUCCCGUUCAUUGUCGACGAGUUUCUAGUACUACACAAUUUGCUACACCUUGUGUUGGUGUGUGAAGUAUGUCCCCAUGAAAAAAGAAAAUGUAAAAAAAGAAACAUAGAAAGGCAUUCCAUCAUUCUUUGGCUAUUACUCCAGUUUAGUUUCCUGAACAUCAUGUUCGUUUUGGAGGGCAAAAGGCUGAACAAGAAUGCUAAUAGUACAUUAACCUUCUUUUUUGGCAAUCUGUUGCUGCUUCUAC